AUAAUAAUAAUAACAUAACACGUUUCCUGUUCCACAUUCGACGACCCUUGCUCUUUCUCUCUCUCUCUCUCUCUCUCGAUCUCCAUUGUUGAACUCGACGACCACUCGAGACAGAUUCUGGUGGGGACAAAGACUAGAGAGAGCAACUCUACUGCCUCUGGCUUUUUCCAUUAUCUUUUUAAUCCAAUCUCUGUGAAAUAAUCUAAUUAAUCAUCAUUAUAUAUUUAUGUAUUUUCAUUUCUUUCCUAUAAAAUCCAACAAAAUAUAGAAGAACGCAGUAUUUUAAGGCAAAGUAGAUGGGGAAUAUAUUUGUGAAGAAACCCAAGAUCACAGAGGUAGAUAAAGCUAUUCUUUCUCUCAAGACCCAGAAGCGUAAGCUUGCUCAAUACCAACAACAGCUUGACGCUGUCAUUGAAGCUGAAAAGCAAGCUGCAAGAGACUUGAUCCGUGAGAAGAAAAAGGACAGAGCCUUGCUAACAUUAAAGAAGAAGAAGGCACAAGAAGAAUUGUUGAAGCAAGUGGAUGCCUGGGUCAUUAAUGUUGAGCAACAGUUGGCAGAUAUAGAACUUGCAAGUAAGCAGAAAGCUGUCUUUGAGAGUUUAAAGGCUGGUAAUGAUGCAAUUAAAUCUAUACAAAGUGAGAUCAACCUUGAGGAUGUCCAAAAGCUAAUGGACGAUACUGCAGAAGCUAAAGCUUAUCAAGAUGAAAUUACUGCAAUCUUGGGGGAGAAACUAUCAGCCGAAGAUGAAGAAGAAAUUUUAGCAGAAUUUGAGAACUUGGAAACUCAGCUUGCCGUUCAAGAUUUGCCUAAUGCUCCUACUUCCGUGCCAUCUUCAAAAGAAAAUGAGGAUAUUUUGGACCUUCCUGAUGUGCCAACUAAAACACCAGUUGCACCUGAUGCAAUCGUGGAUGCUGAAGUUUCUUCGAAGAAGAAAGUUAUGGAGGAGCCACUGGCAGCAUGACUUUGAAUACACUUUCAGUCUUGUGAAGCUGUUUGCAAAGUUCAAUGAACCAUCUCUGGGUGGCUACAUACAACACAUGUACUAUCUUUACUUUUGCAUCAACUAAAUUUGUGUAAAUCUCUGGUUUGCAUUUUGGUUUGUAUGGAGUUUCUCAUAAUGUUUUGUACAGAUCUCAUUGUAACUAAUAUCAUUAUAAAUUGCAAUUGUUUUGGUAAACCUAGACUCCUGACAAAUGGUGUCUAUUCAUUUUGACUACAUCAGCUUCCCGACAGGUUCUUUCUACAGUGAAUUGAGAAUUAGGUUAGUAUUUACUAUAAUAUUUAAUUAUUUUUUA